AUGAGGUCGGGCCUGAAAAUAGUAGUUUUUUUCACCAUUUUGUGUUUAAUCUUAAAGCCCAGUGGUCCAGUCGUCUUCAAACUGACAAAUGUCGUUUGCGCCAGCUUCAAUAAAACCUGGGUUCGGAUAAAUCAAUGCCGAUUGAAGGCGGUCAAUCGCCAUAAGACUGUGUUUAAUUUCAAUGCCACUUUCCACUAUCCAACCAAUGAUAUCUUUGUUCAGUACCACAUGUAUAAAAGGGAGAAUGGCUAUAAGCCUUGGCUUAUAAAAACACAGAUCGAUGGAUGUCGGUUUAUGCGAAGGCCUUAUGAUGCCUUUGGCAUAUUAAUUUUUAAAAUGUAUAGGAACUUCACUAAUGCCAACCACUCCUGCCCGAUGUAUGGUGAAAUUCUCGUAAGGAACAUGUACUUAUCCACGACAGCUAUGCGACUUCCACUGCCCACGGGUGAUUAUUUACUGGCCAUGAACUGGCUGUUUUAUGGAAAACCCCAAUUUGACACGAAUGUUAGUUUUCAAUUUGUUGAGGACAUAUUGUGA